AUGAGCAACACAAACACAGUAGAGGAAGCCAUGAUGACUACCAAUAGUGACGAUACUAGAACCAACAAUAAGAGCAUCGACGAUUCUAGUUCGGAGGAAGAGGAACUGGAUUUCAGCAACCAAACACCCGAAGAAGUCCAAGAAGACAAACGACGGACUCAAUUGCAAGAUCGGAUCCCUCUGAAGCAUUUUGAUUUUUCCAAACAAGAAUUGGAAGAAAUUGACCAAGGGAUUCAAAAGCGAUUCCGUAAAGAAAACAAACUGCAAAUAUUGGUUGAAAAGAGAAAGAAAGAAGCGGAGGCCGCUAGCAAUGGAGAAGACCUCGUGGACACUGAUGAGGAAUGA